AUGGGAAAUGGGAAAGAAAAUGACCAUUUCGACGACGUCCUCAAAACUCUCAUCAAACAUUCUGAAGUUGUGGAUGUGACGCAGAACAGCUUAUGCUCCCAAAAAAUACUGAGCAAGAUUUGCAUUUCCUUGAAGUGCUGCUGCUUGGCAAUGCCUGAGGGGGAGUAUGGAGAUAGUGCGAGUGGAAAUCGAGCAUCGCGGCUUAAAUCCAGCCAUGGGACUAAUGUGCAGAUAUGCUCAUGUAGUCUGAUUAUUCUGGAUGACACGGAUGGCCUCAUGGUUGAAUGGAAUGGGGAUAAUAGUCCGUUAGAGGAUGCUUAA